AUGCCCCCGACUAUGCGCCAGUCAUCUUCCUCGUCUGCGCACUGCGAUUUGGCGCACUCGGCCAACAGACCAAGAGACAGCACUCAAGGCUCGCGACAGCAAGCCUCCCAUCAUCGAAUAGCAAACCAGCAUCCGUGCUGUACACAGCAGUCCGAGUUGCACAUGCAAAAGUAUUCCAGCCAGCUCUGCAUCGUGGCAGUCAGGUGUAUCCAUCAUUCAUUCCGGGCCAUGUGUGCAUACGUACGCCGUGAAUACAGAUGCGGCUGGUUAUACUCCAAGCGGCACGCUUUCCGCCCGCAGCAAGAGAUGAGCAGCGUGAUAGGCAUAUCUUGGAGCGUGAUAACUAUUGACAGCUCGAGACGCGGGACAGCUGCCAAUUGCUUGUCACCCACCGACUGUCUGUCUGUCGCCCGCAGGGAUCUGCCUCGUGCUCCACCGCAACUCAAUACUGCCACAAGACAAGCCAGACGCGCCCAGCUACAAUUCCAUACAUACAUACAUGCAUACACACUCACUUACUCGCUCGCUUUCCAUUCCUCCUUCACCUCGACUUGCUCACCUCCAAAUCUCCCACUUCACCCUCACCUCCUCCUCCCGUCCUCGCCGCCUCUUAGCGGCGCCAACACCAUUCGUGCCUCUGCCAACACUUGGGCGCGCCUAUCACCGCCACCUACAUCUCCCACCCGCUUUUUUCGUCUCUGGUCUGGACGCCCGUCACGAUAUCGGGAGGUCACGCCGCUCGAAUCCCUCUCCUCUUCACCUCUCCCUCCUCACCAAUAUUCUCCGCCACUUCCUGAUCAACCGUCCACCUACGCCAGCCAGGGAAUUUAUAGUGCUCGACGGCGCCCUGAAGUCAUAGCCACUUUAAACCGCUCUCCCGGCUCCGUCGCCUAA